CCCGGCUGCGCGUGCGCCGCGGCCCCGCGUCUCCCCAGCGGCAGCGAAGGAGUUUGGAAGUUCAAAAUGGCCGCCGCGGCGGAGCCCGAACAGCGAGCGCCCGAGGCUGAGGAUGCUAACGCAUCUGAGAAAAGUACAAAUGAAGAAAAUGGGGAAGUGUCAGAAGCAGAUCAACCUCAGAACAAGCACAGCCGACACAAAAAAAAGAAACACAAACACCGAAGUAAACACAAGAAACAUAAACAUUCAUCAGAGGAAGAUAAGGACAAAAAACAUAAACACAGACACAAACAUAAGAAACAUAAACGGAAAGAGGUAGCCGAUGCCUCUGACAAGGAAGAUGGACCAGCUAAAAGAACUAAAAUUGAUUUUUUAGCUCCUCUGGAAGACUUGGAGAAACAAAGAGCUUUAUUGAAAGCUGAACUUGAAAAUGAAUUAAUGGAAGGCAAAGUCCAGUCUGGUAUGGGAUUGAUAUUACAAGGUUAUGAGUCGGGAUCUGAAGAGGAGGGGGAAAUUAAUGAAAAGGCACGAAAUGGAACUAGACCUGCAACUAAGUCAAACACUAAGGGGAAAUUAGAACCUGUGGAAAAUAAAGCUAGUUCCAAAAAAGGAAAUAAGAGUGAAUCAAAAGAAAGGACUAGGCACAGAUCUGACAAAAAGAAAAGCAAGGUAGCGGUUGAUGGAAUCAAAGAGAAAACAACCAGAAGCAAGUCGAAAGAGAGGAGAAAAUCCAAAAGCCCCUGUAAAAGAAGUAAGUCUCAAGAUCAGACUUCAAGGAAAUCAAGAUCUCCAAUGCUUAAAAGAAGAUCUCAGGAGAAAAAUAGGAAGUCUAAAUCUCCCCCAGAAGACAGAAACAAGGCUGACGAUAAGAGUAAAUCAAGGGAUCGCAGGAAGUCUCCAGUUGUAAAUGAAAGCAAAAGUCGAGAUCGCGGCAGAAAGUCCAAAUCUCCAGCAGAACUCAGAAGCAAAUCCAAAGAUAGACGAUCGCGGUCCAAAGAUAGAAAAUCUAGGCGAUCAGAGACUGACAAAGAUAAAAAGCCAAUUAAAUCCCCUUCUAAAGACGCUUCUUCAGGGAAAGAAAACAGGUCCCCCAGAAGACCGGGCCGAAGCCCAAAAGGAAGAAGCUUGUCUCCUAAGCCACGUGAAAAGUCAAGAAGAAGCAGGUCCCCUCUCUUUAAUGAUCGUCGAUCCAAACAGAGUAAAUCUCCCUCUCGAACCCGCUCUCCAGCUAGAAGGUUGAGGAGUAGAUCUGCAGAAAGGAAGAGAAGGGAAUCAGAAAGGAGGCGUCUUUCAUCUCCCAGAACGCGAACCAGAGAUGAUAUUUUGUCUAGACGUGAAAGAUCAAAAGAUAUCAGCCCGCCCAGCAGGUGGUCUCCAUCCCGAAGAAGGUCCCGCUCACCCAUUCGGAGGAGGUCUCGCUCACCCCUUCGACGCAGCCGGUCUCCACGAAGGAGGAGUAGGUCCCCUCGGAGGAGGGAUAGAGGCCGAAGAAGUAGGUCUCGCCUUCGAAGGAGGUCCAGGUCACGUGGUGGCCACAGACGUAGGAGUAGGAGCAAAGUUAAAGAAGACAAAUUUAAAGGCAGUCUUUCUGAGGGCAUGAAAGCUGAACAGGAGUCUUCAUCCGAUGAAAAUCUUGAAGAUUUUGAUUUGGAAGAAGAGGAUGAAGAAGCAGAAAUAAGACAGCGAAGGUUACAGCGGCAAGCAAUCGUGCAGAAAUACAAGGGCCAGACAGAAGACAGUAAUAUAUCUGUGCCAUCUGAACCAAGCAGUCCUCAGAGCAGUACGCGCAGUCGCUCAAAUUCACCGGAUGACAUCCUGGAAAGGGUCGCUGCUGAUGUGAAGGAGUAUGAACGGGAAAACGUGGACACCUUUGAGGCAUCAGUAAAAGCCAAACACAACCUCAUGACAGUGGAACAGAACAACGGUUCAGCUCAGAAGAAACUGCUGGCUCCUGAUAUGUUCACAGAAUCAGAUGAUAUGUUUGCUGCAUACUUUGAUAGUGCUCGUCUAAGGGCUGCUGGAUUUGGAAAAGACUUCAAAGAAAACCCCAAUCUCAGGGAUAACUGGACUGAUGCAGAAGGCUAUUAUCGCGUUAAUAUAGGUGAAGUUCUAGAUAAACGUUACAAUGUCUACGGUUACACUGGUCAGGGAGUCUUCAGUAAUGUAGUACGAGCCAGGGAUAUGGCGAGAGCAAACCAAGAAGUAGCGGUUAAAAUCAUCAGGAACAAUGAACUUAUGCAAAAAACUGGUCUAAAAGAACUGGAAUUUUUGAAGAAGCUCAAUGAUGCAGAUCCCGAUGACAAGUUUCACUGUCUGAGAUUGUUCAGGCAUUUCUACCACAAACAACAUCUCUGUCUGGUAUUCGAACCACUGAGUAUGAACUUACGAGAGGUGUUGAAAAAGUAUGGGAAAGAUGUUGGUCUCCAUAUUAAAGCUGUGCGUUCCUACAGCCAGCAGUUGUUCCUGGCUUUAAAACUUCUUAAAAGAUGCAAUAUCCUACAUGCAGAUAUUAAACCAGAUAAUAUUUUGGUGAAUGAAUCUAAAACGAUAUUAAAGCUUUGUGACUUUGGAUCAGCUUCACAUGUUGCAGAUAACGACAUCACGCCGUAUCUAGUCAGUAGAUUUUACCGAGCUCCUGAAAUCAUUAUAGGAAAAAUCUAUGACUAUGGUAUAGAUAUGUGGUCUGUAGGCUGCACGUUAUAUGAACUUUAUACAGGAAAAAUACUCUUUCCUGGCAAAACCAAUAACCAUAUGUUGAAACUAGCCAUGGAUCUCAAAGGAAAGAUGCCAAACAAGAUGAUUCGAAAAGGUGUGUUCAAAGAUCAGCACUUUGAUCAAAAUCUCAACUUUAUGUAUAUAGAAGUAGAUAAAGUGACAGAAAGGGAGAAAGUUACUGUAAUGAGCACCAUUAAUCCAACUAAGGACCUGUUAGCAGACUUGAUUGGGUGCCAGCGACUCCCAGAAGACCAGCGUAAAAAAGUACACCAGCUGAAGGACUUGUUGGACCAGAUCCUAAUGUUAGAUCCAGCUAAACGGAUUAGCAUCAACCAGGCUCUGCAGCACGCCUUCAUCCAGGAAAAAAUUUAAACCAGAUGAAGAAGUUCAAAGGGUUUGAGUAAUUAAGAUACAAAGACUGAAGAAAUUUCACAGCAGUUAUUAAUGUAUAUAAACAUAAAUAUUUGCCCUGCAAAGUUGAGGAAGAAAAGAUACAUUUGAAUUAACGUCAAGGCUGAUAUUUCUUUUAGAAAUGUUAGAGUAAUUCUGUUUUGUGUCUUAUGUGAAAAUUUUCACUGUAGAACUGUUUUAAUUGCCAAGACUGCACAGAAGUACAAUGCUAAUGUAUAUGGUUGCAGUUCGUAUAUAUUAUAAAAAAGAAAAAAAGCAUCUGUUUAAAAAAAAAAGAGCAGUAAUACUGGGUGGUUGAUUUGUUUUUAGCAGACUUGGCUUCAUUUUUGUCUUUAAAAAAUGGCCAGCAUAAAUGCUGUUUAUAUUCACAUUUUCCUAGGUGUGUGUGUGCAGGCCACAGCAGCAUGCCCUUGGUGUAGUCAGUGCCGAAGGGGGUCUGUUCCUUCUUGAGCCUGCCUGCAGGGAUGGUCUCCUCUUUUAAAGCAGGUUGUGUACAACUUUCAGUACACUGAAGGUAAGCUAACCCAUCAACAUCACCGGUGUUUAAGCUGUUAUUUUACUGGAACAACUGACAAAUGAGAGACAGUAGCAUUGUGGCAGAAUUCCCUGCAUGUUUGAUAAAUGAUCUUGUUUUUAUUUUCUGGCAUUGCAACUGUGGCAUAGUUACAACUUCCGUUCUGUUCAUCACAUUUACAAUUUUGAGAGCGCGCACUUGAUGGAUAGAGCGCCUUCAGUGUACUGUUUCUUAUUACUUUAAUUUUUUUAAUCAACUUGCUAUAGACUUUGUAUACAUUUUGUUAAAUACAGUUCACUAUGACAUAGAGCCAAUACUUACGGAAGAGUUUUCAUUUAGUAAUUACAUACGUUGGGAUCUCAUUUGAAAGAACUUAUAUCUAAAGGAUAGAUAGACAACAUAAGGAAACUUUUUAACUAUUUGUAUGUCAUUUUGAAAGUGUACUGCUUUAUGCUAAAAGUGUUUCAUUUGUUUUCAUUGUUUUCAUUAUUUGUGAUCAUGUUGUCUUUCAAUACAGGCAUAAACCUUCCACUCUUGAACAAAGCAGCUGCUUUUUAAAAGCG